ACAUAGCAGGACCAUUAAGGUUGGAAUUACUUGCAUCCAAUGCAAGAUGCUGCAGUUCCAGCUGGUGGCGGCGCAUUUGGCCCUGGUGAUUGCCCUGCUGUGGUGGAACUCCAGCUCGGUGCUCCUUGCACAGGCAGCUCCAGAGCCUCUGGAGCCUCCUGCUGCUCUGGGUGUGGGAGACCCUCCCAUUGCCAGUGAAGAGAAAUCAGCCACCAACCUGGCAGCCAAACUGUUCCUGCUUGAUGACUUGGUGUCUCUGGAGAACGAGGUGACUGAGACCAAGAAGAAAAGAAGCUUCCCAGGAUUUGGCUGCCCCAUUGACAGAAUUUCUUCAUCCUCUGUGGACGCUAAAGGCAAACAGAGGAAAGUGCUGGAGCUGCCUAAGAGAAGGUUUGGAGUUCCUCUGGACCGGAUUGGAGUGAGCCAGCUCGGUGACACCAGGGGUUAGCAGCUCCUGCAGAUGCUCCUAUUCUGAAUGAGUGAUGCUGUAUUGGAAACAUUACAGAGUUUUGGAAGAUGCCUCACAGCACGUCUUUUCUUUGCCUAAUGAUACAGCACUCAAGGAAUUGACCUCCUGCAAAAUCUGUUUCAAGUUGCAUUUUACAAACGUUGCAUUUACAAAUAAUAACAUGUUCAGUUCAGCUCAUCAGGUCAGAAUGCUCACAGCUGUGCACUGUGUCACUGGUAGGAGGGAACAGAGAAUAUGUAUAUAUUUUUAUUGCAUGGCAUUUAUCUGUUAAACUUGCAGAAUUUUAUUAUCCCAGGCAGGACUGAGUUUUUUGGAUUGAAAAUAAAACUUGCAGAGAUGCCAACAGCAGUCCAUGAAAAGCAAA